AUGGCAUUCAAGAUGGACGGAACAAGGGUGAUGUCCAUCCAGCACAGCGUCCCAGCGCUUCUGGGAGAAGAGAACCUUGAAGAUUGGAGUAUCAUGGUCGAGUCGACCCUCCUCUCGCACGAAUAUCUUCACUAUAUCCUUGAAUCAGUUCCUGAGCCAGACAGGGCAACUGAUCCUGAAGGCUUCUCUGCCUGGACUCGCCAGCGAGCCCAAGUGGUUACGAUGCUUCAAAGCACACUGCAAAAGGUGCGAAGCACACUUACCAACGCAGGCCUCAACCCUCGUGAACGAGACCCAUACACCAUCUACCAGGCUGUGAUGCGUACUCUGCCCAAGCAUUCAGAGGAUCACGUUGAUCAAAUAGCAGUCCGUUUUGCGGCUUGCCAGGUCGCUGAUUACGCGUCUCUCGCAGCUUUUCGCGAUGACCUUCAGUAUAUGCGUCGUCGCCUCAAGGAGCUUCACUACGAGCCUCCUGACAACUUCAUGAUUGCUCUGGUCCUCAAGAAGAUUGAGAACGUGCUAUCCACGAUGCACGCCUUUGCUACCAGGGACCACAAGGUCGGCAAGUUAACCUGGGACACGCUGAUGGCGGAGAUCAACUCAGCUAUUACGACAGGCACGGGCGCGAAGGCUUUUGCAGCCUUGAAGAAAGCGUCGUCGACACAGACAUCCUCAAUGCAAAAAGUUCCUUCUGAUGUCCUGGAAGCACUGCUCAUCCUGCGAUAG